GUUCGUCGAAGGAUGAAACGCUGAUUUUUCUGGAAAGUUCACUAUCCGCAUCAGAGGAUCUACCUCAGCACUUCCUCCGGCCAGUAAUUACGAGACACAUCUAUUCUGAUGAAUAUCCUUUGCCUCUCUGCGGGAAGACUGAAUUGGAGUCGGGUAGCGCGGCCGUUCGAAUUGAAGAGGGUUUUUUUCUUUUUCUUCUUCUUCUUCUUCUCCUUUCCACUCUUCCUCUUUCUCUACUGCAUCUCUCUCUCUCUUGAUGCGCGAAACAACAGUUAGCCGUGAAGCACAAUUAACAUGAUGCAACAGUAGGAGGGCCCAACGCGGCGCGGCCAAAAUACGGCUUGAAACAACCCUUUUUUUUAUUACUUUUUCCUCCUCCUUCUCUUUUCUUACUUAUUUCCUUUUUCUAUUUUCGUCUGCUGCUAUUUUCCCUCUCUCUCUCUUUCUUUCCUUUUUCCCCUGGACAUGCUGAGGCGCGGUAGGGGUGGUGGGAAUUGAAGAAAGUGCGGGGUUUUGUGACCAAAAGCAUGAUUACCUACCGCAGUUGCUGUUCAAAUUUAAAUCCGACCGAUGACGGUUAAAAGCGACAAACAAGAUAAUUUCCUUAGCUGAGCGCAACCAGUUCCCUCCCGAGUCCGGGAUGCAGAAAGCGGUAACAGAGGGAGAUAAUGAGUUGAUAACGCCGCGAUUGGUAGGGCGAGAGGCAGGGGGGGCGAAGAGCAGAAAAAAAAAGGGAAGAGGGAGGGAUUUCACAAACAUUGAAGGGGGGAAAGGAGUUUGGUGGUGAAGAAGGAAAAAUAAGAAAAAAUAAGGAAAAGCGAAGAAGAACAUUGCGAGCCAGCGAGGUGGGUAGUAUUAAAUACAGUUUCCCAUUUUCCUUUUUCCUGUAUCGCUGAUUUUCUUCGGGGUAUGCUCGCUAUUCAUAUGGGUCGGUCCCUGAAUGACAGCUCUUGGCAACGAACGCCAGGUAACCCGGCAUGGAAGGAAAGCAUCGAACGUGGAAGAAUGGUUUACAGGAUCGAAACAAUAGGAACGGAUCGAGAGAAAUUGAAAAUCUGAUCGGAGAUUCACACGAUGGGAGACAUCAAAACAAGCUUUCGCUUCCACCCGCCCUCCCCUUUCCUAUUUUUCAGUUUUUUUUGCCUUACUGUACCACGCUUUUUUCAAUCGAGGACCGGGUAACAGAUCGAUCAUCGAAACGGAGGAAUGUCGUAGGGAAGGGGCGAACGGGGGGGGGUAGUUCUGGAAGGAGAAAAUCUCAGCCACAUGAUAUCCCAUCUGUAGGGAGAGGCCAACGAAAAUCUAAUCUACAUCAAAGUACGGCAAGGAAGACGGGGUAGGGGAGAGGGUGUUCUGCAUACUCUCCACCGGCCGCGAUCCAAAGUUUUUUCACAAGCAACCUCUACCUCAGCGGUGGGACGAGUGGGUGGACGAACGAACGAGCAAGCCCCGGCGGAAGGCUCAUACAUGCCUACGGUACUGUGUGUGCUGUUCUGCUGUACGAUAUCGGGAGAUCUCUCAUUCUCAUCCCGUCGGGGAAGGGAAAAAAUAAACAUGUCAAGAAUUUGAAGAAACUCAAAAAAAAAAAAAAAACCUCCCCGUUAGCUCUCUACUUUCCAGGACUCCGGUCAAAUAAAAUAUUCAAUCUUCAGAAGCUCUUCUACUUUGAAACGCCUUCUGCCGAAGGAGAAGGACGCGGUAGCCCCUUGUAUCACAUCUCAUCUCAUCGUGCACGCGCGCCAGUCCAUUUCUCUCUCCAAUAAGGAGAGGCUUCCGGCGAAAGAGCUUUCAUCUUCGCUGGUUCUCAACUCGGCCAUCAUUUCUAUAAUUAAUCGCAUUCCUGAUGCUUUGCUUUCCCACCGAUCAUCGUGAAUUUUUUUUCUUUUCUCCCACCUUU